UUACACGUGGGAAGCGAUUGAUGCGGACAAACAUGUGCUUUAUAAAAUAAACCUCUGUUUUGGUGUUGAAGAGUGUGGAAGAUCAAGUGCAGUCUGUGCAUAUGACAUCAAUAAGAAGGCCUAUUGGUCUGUAGGUGACUUAAAUUUGCAAAAACUUUCUAAAACUCUUCUGGAAUUCAACACUACGCAAAACUGCUUGCAACAAGGCAAUCAGCACCAAAUUCAGAGCAAUAUUAACUUCCUGUGUGGGAAAACACUGGGUACCCCUGAAUUUGUAACAGCAACAGAGUGUGUGCACUAUUUUGAAUGGAGGACCUUUGUGGCUUGCAAGAAGAACUUGUUUAAACCUGUGAAAGAGGUCCCUUGCUAUGUGUUUGAUGAAGAUUUGAGGAAACAUGACUUGAAUCCUCUCAUCCAAGUUUCAGGACAGUACUUGGUGGAUGAUUCUGAUGAUGAUGAUUCCUUGUUCAUAAACGUCUGUAGGGACCUAGGAAGUUCAAGUGGAUCAAGUGAAGAGACCAAAAACUGCCCUGCUGGCAGUGCUGCUUGCUUGAUACACAAAGGUCAGGCAUAUGAUGUUGGCCAUCCAGAGGAACAGCUGAAACUUCAUAACAAAGAUAGGCUGGUAUUGAGUUAUGAGAGAAUAUACGGUGAUGAACAAAAGCCAGACUUCUGCCUAGGCCAUAACCCAGCAGUGACGAUCACUUUUGUUUGCCCAUCAAAGAGAGGAGAAGAGAGUGCAGGUCCCAAACUCACAGCAAAAACAAAUUGCCGGUAUGAAAUUGAGUGGGUUACUGAGUAUGCCUGUCACAGAGAUUACCUGGAGAGUAAGAGCUGUCUUCUGACUAACGAGCAACAUGAUAUCUCCAUUGAUUUAAGACCACUUACUCAACUUCCAGAUUAUGUCACGCCAUACUUGGCCAAAGAUGACAAAGAGGAGUAUUACUAUUACUUGAAUAUAUGUGGGAAAACCACUGCAGGUAACUGCAAGGACAGCACAGGAUACACUUCAUCUUGCCAAGUAAAACCUUCGAAUAACCAGCAAAAAGUGGCAGGAAGAUUUGAGAACCAAACCCUGAGGUAUUCUGAUGGGGAUCUCACUUUAAUUUAUCCGAAUGGGGAUGCAUGUAGUUCUGGCUUUCAGAGGAUGACUGUCAUAAACUUUGAGUGCAAUGAAACAGCAGGUAAUGAUGGUAGAGGAACUCCAGUGUUUACUGGUGAAGUGGACUGCACCUAUUUUUUUACUUGGGAUACAAAAUAUGCAUGUGUUAAAGAGAAAGAAGAUCUCAUUUGCAGAGUCACCGAUAAGAGAAAACACUAUGACUUGUCACCUCUGAUCCGCAGUUCAGAAUUAGCCCAGAACUGGGAAGCUGUGGACAGUAGCUUUUCGGAGGUAGGGAGGAAGCAUUAUUACAUCAAUGUCUGCCAUAAAGUGCUAAAGAGAGGAGGAGCUUCCAGCUGUCCAGAUGAUGCUGCUAUUUGCUCUGUAGAUAAACAAAACAAGAGUAGGAAUCUUGGAACAUUUGUAUCUUCUCCUAAAAAGGUUGGAGAAAACAUUCAACUUACCUAUUCAAAUGGAGACAGCUGUGGUGUUAACAAAAAAAUCAAGACUGUCAUCACUCUAGUGUGCAGACCAGGUGAUCUAGAAAGUGCUCCAGUCUUGAUGUCUGAGGGUGUAUGUUCAUAUGCAUUUGAUUGGUAUACUGCUGCUGCGUGUGUCCUGUCUAAAACUGAAGGAGGUAACUGUCAAGUCUCCGAUCCUCAGGCAGGCUUCUCUUUUGAUUUAUCACCUCUGGCCAAGAAAACUGGGCACUAUAUAGUUAAUACUACCGAAUACUUGUUUUACAUAAACAUCUGUGGCAGUGUGACAGAUGAGUUGUGUCACACAAAAUCAGCAGCAUGCCAAGUAACACAAAGUAAGGAUCAGUUUUGGAAUCUUGGAUUGCCCAGUUCCAAACUUUCGUAUUAUGAUGGCCUGAUUCAGUUGACGUACAGAAAUGGUACAGCGUACAAUGAUGAGAAGAAAACACAGCGAUCUACCCUUAUAACUUUCCUGUGUGACCGUCAGGCUGGAAUAGGUCAGCCUGAGUAUCAGAUAGAAGAUAACUAUACCUACAACUUCAGGUGGUACACUGAAUAUGCUUGUCCUGAAGUGCCGCUGGAAUGUGUUGUGACUGAUCCCAACACCAUGGACCAAUAUGACUUGUCAAGCUUAGCAAAAUCUGAGAAGAGAGGUGAAAACUGGUACGCCAUGGAUAAUUCAAGGCCAAGUGAGUGCAAGAAGUACUACAUAAAUGUUUGUCGACCACUGAUUGCUGUCCCAGGAUGUGACCGGCGAGCAUCUGUCUGUCAGAUGGAAUAUAGGCAUGAUGAUAUUUCUUACUCUGAAGUCACCUCUAUUAGUAAUCUUGGUGUUGCCAGCAAAGAACUAGUAGUUGAAAGACCUGGACACAUUUUUCUAACCUAUGCAAAUGGCUCUGUGUGCAUUGAUGCUGAUGGAAGGAAAACUACUUAUACCACCACCAUCCACUUCAUCUGUUCCAGAGGCACUCUUAGUAGCAGCCCACGGUUUAUAGCCAUUCAGGAAUGUGUGGUCACGUUCUUAUGGGAAACUGAGGCUGCUUGUCCCAUCAAGGAAACAAAAGAUGAUUCUCAGUCCUGCUCUGUGAGAGAUCCAAACACUGGCUUUCUGUUCAAUCUGCAGCCACUGGCUUCUGAAAAAGGCUAUAUGGCUACUGGCAUUGGGAAGAAGUUCUUGCUAAACAUCUGUGGGCCCAUGCCAGACUGUGGUAAAAUCAAUGACAAAAUAGCUGCUGGAUGUGAAGCAGAAAAUCUGACAUCGGUGAGGCUGGUGGAAUUGGACAAAACCCUGUAUCUUUCUGGUGAAGGGUUUCUAACUCUUACCUACAGAGGUCCUCUUCAUGUCCAAUCAGGAACAUCAGACACAUUCGUGGUGACUUUCAUUUGUAAUGAUUCAUAUCCUGGAGAGCUUAAGUUUGUGCGUGAAGAGAUAAACAGCAUGCUGAACAUCCAUGAUACUUUUUUUGAGUUUCACACAGCUCUGGCCUGUGCUCCUGCUCCUGUAGACUGCCAGGUUACAGAUGCUGCUGGCAAUGAGUAUGACUUAAGUGACUUGAGCAAAGAGAGGGAGCCAUGGGUUGCUAUAGACACUUCAAAGGAAGCAGAGAAGCGAACGUUUUUCUUGAAUGUCUGCAAGCCUCUGCCCUAUGUGCAUGGAUGCCCUGGUGGUGUUGUAGGAUCUUGUGUGAAAUACGCUGAUAAAGGCAGAAACCUUGGAGUCAUUCAGAUGAACCCACAGGCUGCUACUGACGGGUCAUUAAGCAUUAUCUACUUGAAUGGUGACGCAUGCAAAGAUAAACAGCGUUAUUCUACACGUAUAAUCUUCCAGUGCGAUCAAACAAUGGGAUCACCAGUGCUCGAGCAAGAGGAUGACUGUGAGUUUGUAUUUGUUUGGAGAACCUUGGCAGCAUGUCCUGUUCAUAAAGCAGAAGGAGAAGAUUGCCAGGUGAAAGACCCAAGGUAUGGUCAUGUUUAUAACCUGAAGCCACUUUCCAAUAAAGACAUAAAAGUGAGUACAGAUGAGUAUGACUACUACUUCAGAGUUUGUGGAGAAAUAACACAACCUUGCAAACCAGACACUCGCGGUGUGUCGUCGUGUCAAGUAAAGAAGAUGGACAGUACUUUCAGAAAAGUAUCAGGCUUGCUUACAGAAAAACUGACUUUCAAAAAUGGUUUAAUAAUGAUUAAUUACACCAGUGGAGAAAAAUGUCAUAAAAUAUACGAACGAUCAACUGCCAUAUUAUUCUAUUGUGAUAAAGCUACAUCCGAGCCUGUAUUUCUGAAGGAAACUCCAGAUUGCACCUACAUGUUUGAAUGGCAUACUCAGUAUGCUUGCCCUCCUGUUAAAUCUACUGAGUGCUCCUACAAGGAUGCUGAAGGAAACUUCUAUGACUUUUCAUCUCUGACACGGCAUAGAGAGAACUGGGAGGCAAUUGCUGUGUCUGCUUCUACACAGAAAUACUAUGUUAAUGUCUGCAAGCCCUUAGUACCAUAUGGUGCUGCACGUUCCUGUCCUUCUGACGCUGCUGCCUCCCUCAUGGAGGGUGCAAAAUGUACAAGUCUUGGGGAAGUGGCUGAUGGUCCCCGAUGGGAAAAUGGCAUUUCUAUUCUGAAAUAUAUUAACGGGGAACAGUGUCCAGAUAAAAUUCGCAAGAAAACAACAAUACUGCGCCUCAAGUGUGAUGAAAACAAAAUUGGAUCGAAACCAGAACUUAUAACGGCCAUUGAAGAUUGUGAAUAUACAUUCUUAUGGUUCACUGCUGCUGCAUGUCCUCUUAAAAGCAACGUGCAAGAUGACUGCCGGGUAACCAAUCCUGCAACAGGCCACUUCUUUGAUUUGACAUCACUAAAGCGAGAGUCUGGCUAUGUCAUCAGUGAUUCACACAACAGAAAAAUUGAGUUGAAUGUUUGUGCUGAAGCUAAAAGUUCGUGUGCUAAUGGAGCUGGUAAGCAUCUUAUCCCCUCUGAUGCU